CCCCGCCCCGCCCCGCCGCCGCCGCCGCCGCCGCCGAGCCCUCAGGAGCCGCCGUUGCCGCCCGCCGCCAUGUUCCCGCGACCGCCGCCCCGCUCCUGCGACACCUUCGUGGCGCUGCCGCCCGCCGCGGCGGCCGGUCGUGUCGUCUUCGGGAAGAACUCGGACCGGCCGGCGGACGAGGUGCAGGAGGUCGUCUUCUUCCCGGCCGCCGCGCACCCGCCCGGCGCCGCGCUGGAGGUGAGGUGCACCUAUAUCAAAAUUGAGCAAGUCGAAAAGACGCACGCCGUGGUCCUGAGCCGCCCCUCCUGGCUCUGGGGGGCGGAGAUGGGGGCCAACGAACACGGCGUGUGCAUCGGGAACGAAGCGGUGUGGGGGAGAGAGGACAUCUGCGAUGACGAAGCUCUCCUCGGCAUGGACCUCGUAAGGCUUGGACUCGAGAGAGCGGACACAGCUGAAAAGGCUCUUACUGUCAUAGUUGAUUUGCUAGAAAAAUACGGACAGGGAGGAAACUGUAUGGAGAGCCACAUGGUAUUUACAUACCAUAAUAGUUUUCUGAUAGCUGACAGAAAGGAAGCAUGGGUGCUGGAGACAUCAGGAAAAUACUGGGCAGCAGAAAAAGUAGAAGGAGGUGUACGGAAUAUUUCCAACCAGCUCUCUAUCACAACCAAGAUUGACAGAGAGCACCCAGAAUUGAAGGCAUAUGCCAAAACCAAGGGCUGGUGGGAUGGGGAAAAGGAAUUUGAUUUUGCUGCCACAUAUUCUUAUGUAAAUACGGCCAGAAUGACCACAUCCAGAGGCCGAUAUUGUGAAGGCUAUAAACUUCUGAACAAACACAAAGGAUCUAUUACUUCUGAAAUAAUGAUGGAGAUUCUUCGUGACAAAGAGAGUGGCAUUAAUAUGGAAGGUGGAUUUAUGACAACUGGAAGCAUGGUGUCUGUGUUGCCCCAGCAGCCUAAUCUGCCAUGUAUUCACUUCUUUACUGGAACUCCAGAUCCUGCAAGGUCUGUAUUCAAGCCUUUCAUUUUUGUGCCCAAUAUUACUCAGUUAUUAAAAACUAGCUCCCCUACAUUUGGUCAUGAUGAUCCAGUUAAGCAGCAACCACGUUUUCAGAAUAAGCCAGAUCGAAGACAUGAGCUCUAUAAAAAACAUGAAAGUGCUGCUGUAGUUAUGGAAACUCUCGAGGGACAAGGUAAAGAGAUGCUGAAGGAGAUACAGGCAUUGGAGAAACAGAAGAUAAGUGAAAUGGAAUCAAUCCUGCAAAAUGGAUGUCUUGACAUUAACCAAGUGGUUAAACUUUUUUCACAGUGUGUAGAAGAAGAACUCAAAAUAUAUAGCUAAACCUACUAUUUGAAUGUGGUAAAAGUCAGUUUUAUGAUUAACUGUAAUGAAGUGGCUAUAUAAAUUACAGUAUGGACAGUUUUAAAGAUGCGGAUUCAUAUUCAGGCCAAACAGCUUUUGGUUGUAUGAAACAACACUGAAAAGGCUCUUAAGAGCCAGGCAAUAGCUUUGUCUGUAAGUGGCAUAAAGCUGUCAUCAGAGAUAGACUUUGUCAACAAACAGAUGCAGUUAGAAUGUAAUGGCUUGACUAAAUUGCGGAACCACCGUAUUUCUGGAUGAAUAACACUAACUCAGAUUUGGAGAACUCGGUUCUAGUGUACACACACAUAGCUUUUAUAGUCAGGAUAAUCGCAGCAGAAUUUCACAUUGCCUGAAUUAAAACAGCCAUGCUGAAGGACUCUAAAAUGUAGAACCUAUUACUUGCACUGAAUAAAACGGAAAGUAAUAUGCAAGUCAAGUAACAUUGAUAUUCAGCUGUUUAUCAAAACCAUUCUAAGAUAUGUUUCAUAUAUGAACCGAUGUAAAAUGAGGUUAAGAGUUCAAGGUAUAUUAAAAUCAAAUCACAGUUACAAUGUUACCAUAGAUUUGUUGUGAAAGCUGAUUAUAUGGAAUUCAACAAUGCAAGCGUCCUGCAAGUUACCACAUGAUUUUCACUUGCCUGUCUAUAUUCCUCACCCUAAUACCAAAAAAUAAAUUAUUUACAUACAAUAUGAUUAUUGCAAAAUUAAUUCUGCAAUACACUUUAUAACAUUAUGUGGGAGUUUUUAAAUGUUUCUUGAAUUCUUACUUUUUUUAAAAUCAGCAACUAGAAACAAAGAUGUUGGGGUACACCUGUAUAUACAUAUACUCAGCGGGACACUUAAAAGGAUUUUUAAAAUUUUUUCACUUCAUUUUUUCACCUUUUAACUGUGACUUGUCUUGCCAAAAAUACUAUACUAUGGAGUGAAUUUAACCAAGCUUUUUGCCCUGCCAGGAACUCUUCCUCCCUGUUCCUCUUUAAAAGUAACGAUCAAUAUGUGACACUACUUUUCUUAUCUGUGGCAAGGGACAAACUGAGCAAACAGCAACAAAAAAAAAGAUUAUUUUGGCCUUACUACAUGAUCAAGCAGGACAAAAAGUAUGACUAGACGGAAAAAAAAAAAAAACAGCACUUCUGCAAACCUUCAGAAGAGAGCAUGUAACAUGAAGUGGAGCAUUAGAGCUGCAGUAGCAGUAUGUGACAUACCACAGCAUCCCCACAGAAACACAGCAGACUACAGAAAGACCAUUCUUUGAUGAUUUUUCUAUAUUUAGUCAGUUUCUAGAAUCAUCUCAGAUGCUAAAGAUGGGGCUACACACAUGCAAGUUUCUCAUUUUGUAAACUAUUUAUCCCCUCACUGGUAAAACAGGUAGGUAAAGGCAAACAAAAGAAAUACAUAUACAGUGAAGUUUGCAGAAUGAAUAAGAAAAUUGAGAGCCUGGCAGAAUUCGUCUUCCUGAUCCUAUAAUGCAAGUAGAAGUUAAUUUGAGAUACUGUGUUCAGAUCCACAGCAAGAAACUAAUGGGUUGGGAAAGGUUGUUGAACUUUCUAGUGAUCCUGUGUGUACCAAGUAGCAAGUAAGAUCGAGUAGCAGGUAAGACUGAAAGUAAACUUGAGUUGACCGUGAACCUUUUGUGCCUGUGUUGUCAACAAAAUUCCUUAGAGGUUCAAUAGUACAGUGGAUGUUCGUGAACUGGAAGGUAUAUUUAAUAAAAUACUUUUCCUCA